UUUUGCGACAUACCGUAGGGCGUUUCGUCAAGAUGGUGGCCUCCUGUGUCAAUGCUUAACUUUUUAGGUCCUGUGUUGCGGAAUAUUUACAAUACUUUAUAGGAUAUCUCAAAGGGAAUAAGUAACAAAUUAAGUAGGGUGAUAACCCAGCAUUAUACUCAGGACAUACGUGGCGCCGUAAUGUAAAGUACUUAAACGAAUAUGACUGUCGCCAGCGAGGAUGACACCCAUCAUAACGUUACAGGUGUUGCUAACAUGAUAUAUUGUCGAUAUGGAUAACUAACUAGCUAGCUAGAUAUCUAAUUUAGUAAGUUAAUGUCCUGCCAUCGUUUAGUUUAUUUGUUUAGUCGACUUAUUCUAGCUUGUGCUAAGCUUUGAUCGAAAACUCAAGGGUUUGCUUUACCCUUGUUUCAAAUUAAAUUAGUAAAAAACAUUCAGCUGUAAAGAUGACAGUAAUUUGGUUUCGACUCUCGUGCAUCAGUUUGUUAAAUCGUGGACAGAGGAACAUAAGUAUUUUCUCCAACGCAACGCCUUCUAAUUUGAAUAAAGUGGUCUCGGAUGCAGAGAAAAUCGUGGGUUAUCCGACCUCCUUCGUGAGCCUGCGCUGCUUGCUGAGUGAUGAACUUAGUAAUGUAGCAAUGCACGUGAGGAAACUGGUUGGAACAAAACACCCGUUACUCAGCACUGCGAGGGGCCUCAUCUAUGACAGCAGAAACAACCUUCAGAUGAGGGGUCUGGUGGUCCUGUUGAUGUCCAAGGCAGCUGGUCCCAGCCAGCCCAGCCAGCACACAGCCUCAGACCACCUGCCCCAGGACAUGGUCAGCGGCAUCUACCCCAGUCAGAGGAACCUGGCUGAAGUCACAGAGCUCAUCUACACGGCCUUCCUGGUGCAUCGUGGGAUCAUCAACCUAAAGGAGUGGACCAACUCUGACGGUCCCCUGAAGGACAUGCAGUUUGGAAACAAGAUGUCCGUUCUCAGUGGGGACUUCUUGCUUGCCAAUGCUUGCACUGGACUGGCCCAGCUAAACAAUACUAAGGUUGUGGAGUUGAUAUCGAGUGCCAUUGGUGACUUGGUGCAGGGAAUCUACCAUGAGAUCCACAACAGUUUGGAGGACAAUAGCCUGACUGAUGAAAUCAACAUGGUCACGUGGGAGGAGCAGACAUUCUUGUCCCAUGGUGCCUUGCUGGCAAAAAGCUGUCAGGCGGCGAUGGAGCUCGCCAAACAUGACAAAGAUGCACAAGGACUAGCUUACAAAUAUGGCAAGCAUCUAUCAUUGGGCCACAAGUUGAAUUCUGACCUGCAGCUAUUUGUAAAGAGCAGCUGCUCAGCAGACCCAGUAACCUUCAGUUUUAACUCGGCCCCUGUGGUUUUCCACCGUCAGAUUGUGGGGCAGGAGAGAUGGUGUCAUCAGCUGCAACAGGCAAAAACUAUUGGAAGACAAAUGGACUAUACAAAGCUGCGGUCCACGAUCAAAUUGGAGAAAGGUGUCACCUCGACAAUAGAUCUGUGCCGUUACCACGGCAACAAAGCUCUGGAGUCCAUCCAGUGUUUCCCUUCCUCUGAGGCACGGUCAGCCUUGGAGAACAUCGCUCGCGCUGUCACAAAGUUCUGACCCCCCUACUCUCCUGUGGCCUCAGGACAACGUGCACAAUCAAUCGAUGCUAGAAAAACAAUCUUGGUUCCAUUUAAGCCAAUCAGAGAGUAGAAUACUCACGACCCCCUAAGUCCGAUCGGCGUUUACCGGAAAUUAAACUACAGAUCACACCUUUAAAACUCCAUUUAACUGUUUGCUAUUAAAACCAUUCACAUCCAGUC